CAUCUCUGCACAGGCAUAUACACGCUACCCAUCCCAUAUCUAAAAUGACAGACUCAGAAGACCAACCCCAGCAACUUAUCAACGGAGAAUUGAAACCCCUAUCCGGCAUGGAGGCGACGAGUCAAAUCCCAGUUCUCAAGAGUAAAGCGGAGUAUUUGAAGGCUGUCAUGUAUGAAGGCGUAACAAUCCUCGAAGGCACAGCAACAUGGUGUGCGCAGUGCAAAACCAUGGCCCCAGAAGUCGCCAAGAUGGUCACCGAGUACCCCAACGUCAGAUUCUAUCUCUACGACAUCGAAGAGUGCGAGGAUGUUGCGCAGGAGCUGGGCGUUAGGAGUAUGCCGACGUUCAGUAUCUUCAAGGAUGGCGAUAUCCAGCAUGGUGUUACCGGCGCGAGACCGAAGGAGAUUCGGAAGGCUAUUGAGGCGUGUUUGUAGGAAAGUAGGGCCGGUUGUGAGAGGAUGGGAGGGAGAGGACGUUGACGUUGACGUUGAUGUUGACGUUGGAGACAAUUAUAGGUGCUCUAAGUGGUUCUGGUUGGUGCCAGGGUGUGCUGAACGCCCCCAGGCUUGUGUAGUGUAUCACAGACUUAUUGGAGAUCCAUGUUGUCUCCUUCCAUGGCGGGUUUGUGGUUGCAAAAGAUCAGCCAUUCUAUUGCUGCCGGCUUCACGUGGGUGUGAGUGCGUGGUGUGGGUACGGCAUUGUGGGGAAUCAGUAUGGUGAGAAGGAG